AUGCAGUCUCAGUACAAUGUUCAGGUGCAACACGAGAAACACGAACGACCCUCAACCUCGUCCCUGAGAGAGAAACCAAUGACUGAAUCCGAUUCCGGUUCCGAAAUCAAUCUCGAUGAGGUCGCCGCCCCGCCACCGGUAUACGAUCGUCCCGAUGAGGAUCAUCUCGAGAACCAAUUAUCCCACCAGGCAGGGAGAGGAGAAGAAGACGUGGAACGGGAGUCGCAACAGGAUCCAAACGGGUAUGCGACGACGGUGGGAAGGGAAGAAGCUGAGAAGCAGCAGGGAAGGGGCCUUCGGUCAACUUCCAUGCGCAUGCGCUAUGUCAUCGCCUAUUUAGUCUUCUUCUCAUUCCUGGGCACUUUACUGAGAAUGGUCAUCGAGAGCCUGACCUUCUACCCAGGAGCCCCUGUCAACACCAGUGUGCUAUGGGCCAAUGUUGGAGGAUGUUUCAUCAUGGGAUUUCUCAGUGAAGAUCAAGGAUUGUUUCGGUUCAAAGAAGUGGACAUCCAAGUCGAACACGAGGAUGAUGGCCAGCGCAGGGCGCGUCUGACCGCACACAAGAAGACGAUUCCCCUCUACAUCGGAUUGACCACCGGCUUCUGUGGGAGUUUGACCUCCUUUUCCACCUUCAUCCGCGACCUCUUCCUCGCCCUGUCCAAUGGUCUGUCCGUUCCUGUGGGCCCCUACUCAGACGUCUCCUUGUUCGCUGCCGCGCAAGAUGUCCCCAAGGCUCCCAACGGCGGCUUCAGCUUUAUGGCGAUCAUCGCAGUGCUCCUCCUCGAAGUCGGGCUAUCCACGUUCAGCAUCAAGCUCGGAGCCCAUACGGCGGUGUUCGUCUCCUCUUGGACCCCCCGUUUGCCGCAAUGGUGGCUGGAACGGAUUGUCAACCCGUGCAUGAUUCCGCUGGCCACUCUAUCCUGGAUCGCGCUCAUCUGCCUCGUCGCACUGCUACCGCGGUACGCAUUGGACCCGACCCUAUGGAGUGCAGAGAUAUGGCGUGGUCCCGUGGUGUUUGCGCUGGUGUUCUCCCCGGUCGGCUGUCUCGCACGGUUCUUCUUAUCGCUGAAGCUCAACAGCCGUGUGGCCGCGUUCCCGUUGGGAACCUUUGCGGCGAAUAUAACAGGAACCGCGGUGCUAGGGAUGGCCUACUGUUUACAGCACAGCUCAAUCAGUGCCGCGACCCUGGGUGGGGGAAGCGUCACUGGCUGCCAGGUGCUGCAAGGAAUUAUGGACGGGUUUUGCGGCUGUCUGACGACAGUCAGUACAUGGGCGUUGGAGUUAAUCGACUUGCGUCCCCAGCACGCUUAUGUGUAUGGCGUCAUUAGUGUGGUGGUAGCCUUCUGCUUGUUGGUGGUGGAGAUCGGAAGCCUGAAGUGGACUCGUGGCCUAGAGACUCCGAUUUGUUUCAGUGCGAGUACAGCAUAG